AGAGACUAUUUUGGGCCUUACACUUUUAUUGGCCGGACAUGACAAUUUGUGCUUUUUGGCCCGUCCGGCAAAAUAGAUAAAACACCACCGGAGAUCAAUUUCCGAACAACCGCUGUUCCUCCGGCCAACCUCCGCUCGAACUUAAGUUAUUCUAGUAUAAUGUUCUAUUAUUUCCAGGAUACAAUGUCAUAACACUUUAUUACUCGUGGUUUUCUGGAUAGUGUUAUCUUUAUGGCAUGCUCCUUACAAAAAGCUAUCACAGUUUGCUCUGUCUUCCGAAAAAGCUACUCUUCCAUUGUUGCUGUGUCUUCAAAUGCCAUCAGAUUGACCUACAAUAGCACAUAUGUUCCCCAAUAUUUGGGAACAGAGUCCUCAAUUUCAUAUGAAAACUAUAAACCAGGAGGUGUGAUGUUUUCUCGACAGUUCGGUUCCAGUAGAGAGUCAGAGACAUUAUCUUGGGGAGUCUCAUCUGACGUUGUUUUGCUGGGAAAGCUUGAAAGUGCAUUGAGGAAUCACAACUUGGAAGAGGCUUGGGAAACCUACAAGGAUUUCAAACGUCUUUACGGUUUCCCUGACCCCUUUCUUGUAGAUAAGCUUCUCACUAAGUUGUCGUACUCAUCUGAUUCUAGAUGGCUUAAAAAGGCAUGCAAUAUGGUAGGAUCUAUUUUAAAAGAGAAAAGGGAGAUGCUACGCACAGAGUUAAUGACCAAGCUCUGCCUAUCGUUGGCUAGAGCUCAAAUGCCCGUUCAAGCAUCAUCAAUUCUCAGACUGAUGUUGGACAAAGGAAACCUCCCACCUAUUGACAUGCUAGGGAUGAUAAUAUUUCACAUGGUGAAGACUGAUACUGGAAUGAUUGUGUCAUCAAACAUUUUGAUUGAGAUAUGUGGUAGCUCUCAACAAUUAACCACAAAGAAAUCCACUUGCACUGAGUUAAAUAAACAUAAUACACUUCUUUUUAAUCUUGUUCUUGAUGCUUGUGCAAGAUUUGGAUCAUCCAGUAAAGGCCAUCAGAUUAUUGAGUUAAUGGCCCAAGUUGGAGUGACAGCUGAUGCUCAUACUAUUUCAAUUAUUUCCUUGAUCCAUGAGAUGAAUGGUAUGCGGGAUGAAUUAAAGAAAUUUAAGAAGCAUAUAGAUCAGGUUUCAGUUCCAUUGGUUUCCUGCUAUCAGCAAUUCUAUGAAAGUCUCUUGUGUUUACAUUUCAAGUUUAAUGAUAUUGAUGCUGCUUCUGAUCUUGUACAAGAUAUUUACGGAUUUCAAGUGUCGCAUCACGAGCAGGGAAAUGAAACACAACCACCUAAACCGUGCAUUGUUGCUAUUGGCUCUGAUAAUCUGAGAACGGGAUUGAAGUUACGAAUUUUUCCUCAUUCAUUAUCAAGGGAUUCUGUUUUCAAUGUGGGACGUAAUCAGGUGCUUGUUAAGUAUAAGAAUGGGAAACUUGUCCUUAGCAACAGAGCAUUGGCCAAGCUUAUUAUACAGUACAAGAGGGGUGGGAGAAUUAAUGAUCUAUCAAAGCUUCUCUGUAGUAUCCAGAAGAAGGGCUCAGUUGAAUCUAGCAGAAUGUGCUCUGAUGUGGUUGCUGCUUGCAUUUGCAUGGGUUGGCUUGAAAUUGCUCAUGAUAUUUUGGAUGAUUUGGAUUCUGAAGGAAAUCCGCUGGACGCUAGUUCAUACGUGUCUCUGUUGACUGCAUAUUGCAACAAUAAUAAGCUAAGGGAGGCAGAGGCACUACUAAAGCAAUUAAGAAAAUCAGGUGUCAUAAAUGCAUCUGAUCCAUUGUUAGAUCCUGCAUCUAUGUGUGAACUGGAAAAUGAAAGCAAGAAGAAGCUGAAAGAAUUAGGCUCUUCGGCGAAAGGGGAGCUGGCGUACCAUAUUGUUGAAGAAAUGAGAGCUGAAGAAAAUGAAGCUUCUUUUAUGAUGCAUGAUUUAAAUUUUUCUAUCUACUUUUUUAUGAAGGCUCACAUGGUUGAAGAUGCCGUUAGGGCUUACCGAAAAAUGCAGGCAAUGAAGAUCCAUCCUACAGUGUCAACUUUCAUGAAUCUGCUUAACGGGUAUUCUUCUUUAGGGAUGUAUCGUGAAAUUACAAUCUUGUGGGGAGAUAUUAAAAGGAACAUGGAAAGUCAUAAGAACUUGAAUACCAGGGAUUUAUACGAGUUCUUGCUGUUGAAUUUUCUUCGAGGCGGUUAUUUUCAUAGGGUGAUGGAGGUUAUUGGUUUAAUGAAAGAAAAUGGCAUGUAUUUGGACAAGUGGAUGUAUAGACGUGAGUUCUUGAAAUAUCACAAGGGUCUUUACCUAAGAAUAAAAGUAUCUGAUGCUAAAAAUGACGUACAAACUCAGAGGAUUGAGCAUGUGAGGCACUUUAGGAAGUGGGUUGGCCUGGAUUAGUUCUUUUAGGUAUCAAGAAAUAUUCUUCUUGCACGCUGGGGAAAGAGUCAAGACAAUAUUGAGCCAUCCUUUGCCAAAUUUUGACAGGCUUCUCUCCAUUUUUAUCUACCUGAGAUGUGCUGUACCUCUGGGGUAGGGGUCAUUGUUUCAUUGUAAAUUAUAUAUUUCACUCAAAGACAAAAAGUUCCAGGAAAGGACGUCUUUCUCUUCAGUUGUUCCAUUGGGUAUUGUAUCUAAUAGGUCAGUGCUCUUUAGCUUGUGUGGCAGAUUGUUGAAUUUGUGACUUUUGCAUCCACUCAGUGUUUGAUUUGUCAAGAAUAUUGAAGUUGAAAAUUAUAACAUUUAAAGGAUUAGGAAACUGUGUUCUGAUUGGAACUCCAGAUGUGAUUUUAUGCUCCUUGUCAGUCUUGAGUAGCUCUUUGGGUCGGAAUUGAUACUCCGACAUGCGUGGAUAUUGAAAAUUAUUCAUGGCUCCAGUGUCUACUCCAAGUCUGUAGCUUUCUGUCAUGGAGUUGAAAAAAGUUGCUAAGGAGAUAUUGGACCACUAGAACACUGAAAAGAUAGAGCCUCCCACAUUCGUCCCUUGUUGCGACCAAGUCAUUGUGAAUUAUCUUGAAAGAGCUUAAUUUUAUGUUGAAAACUUUUUCCAGCUUAUUUAUCAAUUUUGAUCCGUCCUGGGGAAGUACAUGAAGCAAAUUUGGUAAAAAGUAUUCUGAACUUGGUACUUCUGAACCAGUUUUGCUCUUCUGAUAGACAAACAGAUCUCAUUGUCCUCACCUACAAAAUGCUACAGUAUCUUGUGUGAGAUCAUUGCCUGUUUCCAGAAUAGAGAUGCCAUGUGUUGUUGGCGGAUUUCUCUCAAGAAGACUCUUUAUCUAGGCAAAGUUAACAUUAUGUUUCCUGUUCAUCAGCUGGCCAUUAUAUACAUGAACCCCCCUCCCCGGUUUUUCUAUAGCACUAGGUUCAAAACUAUGUGGAUAGUACGCCUAUCUACCUUUCUCCGCUUGGUCUCCGACUAGGUUCAGACACGUGACUUGUGCCCAUAUGAUAUUUCUGGGGAAAAGGACCUAAGGCAAGUAUCUAUGAUUUACUGGAAAGAUUUGAGGCCGGACAAGGGAGCAAAAGAAGGGGAAAACUUCAUCAGAAAAGAAGUGGACAAUCAUUGUUUAGUUGAAGGACUUGUAAUGCUAGUGUUGUACUGUAAAAAAAAUGUGAAAAUGCAGACAGCAAUAGGAUAUACGAUUAUACAAGAUCAAUGUUUGGUUUUUAUAAUGAUACAUAGAUUUCCACAUGUUAUUGUGCAAACUGAACGUUGCACUGCACUAGCUAGUAGGGGUAU